ACAACUCGACAGACAUGUGGGCAUACUGUCAAAGAUGGACAUGGCAAGACCAGAGGACUUCCAUCUGACUGCAAACCAGCUGGAGAUCUCCAUGCCUCACCAGUACUGUGCAGGAAGCCCAGCUCUGAAAAGAUGCAGGUGAACUCAAACCAAGUAUUAGAUGUUUCAACACAUGGUGGCUGCCAGGCCUCUGGUUCAUGUUUUAACAAAUCCCCAGCUGCAAGUGGCAAAACAAAUCCACAGCCAGCAGCACAGAAGGAUAUGUUGCACAAAAUUGAGGUCAGGUCAGGCUCAGAUUUAAGUCAUGAGAGGACUCCUCUCAGUAAGACACGGCCUCGGUGCUUGUCUGAGAGUUUGACAUCUAGGCCACUCAAGGAAAAAGGAGCGACUCCAAGGGUUGCUACUAGUUUCACUGUUCCUCAAACUGGCACAGAGCAGAGCCCAACCAAGCCCGUGAAACUGAACAGUCUCUCUCAAAACAAGAGGGCCGAGGAAACCAAAAGUCCUACCGACUCCCCAAGAGAGUUUAAAAAGAUCAGCCUUGUGGCAGAGACCAGCAAAUCAACAACAGCAGGAACACAGCUGGAUAAAAGUAAGACUAGGUCUCAGGUUCAACAAUCACCCAAAUGUAAAAGAGGACCAUUACUAGCUCAACCUUCACCUUACGCUCCACGACAAAGCCCUCUGCCAGCCAGGCAGAGACAGGGAACACAAGGGAUGGUCGAGGCCAGGAUCUCCAGUAUCCAACAGAAGAACACAGGCGGUCAGAGAGCACAAGGAACGGAGGAGCCAUCCCAUGGCAGCAGGUCCCAGCCAAGUGGAUCCCAGACCCCUCACACUCCCAAACUGCCCUCUGUAAUGGGACCCCCCCUUACUCCUGCCAGUAGACUACCACGCAGAACUACAGGAUUGUUCAAGGGCUCUAAUGAACAUACUGUUUACAAUGAGUUUGCUCGAGCUGCUAAUCGGAGCACAUCAGUUUCAGGAGGGACUACCCAUAAAACAACCCCUCUUAAAUCUGUUGCACUGAAAACAAGACUCACCCCAACACAUGCAAAAAACAAUGGACCAACUUCAAUCACAGCGAGCAAGCCUGCUGGUCCCACAAGUAAAGGAGCAUCAAAUUCUGCACUUUAUGCUCCAGUUUCGCGAUUUCCUCGAGCAGCUUCAAUUGGACCAGUGGACAGGAACAAAUCAAAGGCCAGCUCCAGGCAGCCGAACCCAGCUGCUGGACCUCAGAAUGAAACACAAGCAAGCGUUGUGACGGACGAGACGAAAGGACAGAACAUCCAGCAGCUUAAACAACUCCUGACAGCCAGCAACUGUAGAUUUCAGGCAGUUGCCAUCGUCUUGCAGCAUACUUUGGCUGAGCGUGAUGAAACCACAAGGCAGUGCAGGGAGCUGUCCCAGGAGCUGGUCAGACUUCGAGAAGAGCUGGUUUGCUCCAUCCACUCGUCCGACCGCUUGGAGAAGGAGAAGGACGCGUUGCGUGCUGCUCUGGAGGAUGCACUGCACAAAAUGCAGGAGCAGCACCGGAAGGACCUGAUGGAGCUGGAGCAGAGGCUGCAGGCCUUCUACCAGGCUGAGUGGGACAAUGUUCAUCUCACCUACCAGACCGAGACCGACAAGUGCAAGACUAUCAUGCAGCAGCAGAUGGAAGAACUGCAAGCCAAUCAUAAAGCCAUGAAGCUGGAGCUAGAGGACAGCCACACAGAACAGCUGCAGUGUACGAAACAGCAGUAUGAAACGUCACUUGAAGAGCUCAGGAAAGUCCACAACCAGGAGCUGGAGUCUUGGGACAAAACCUUAAAGGAUGCGGAAGCUGUUCUGUCUGAACAAAUUCAAAAGCUAACGGCAGAGAAUGAUGUCCUAAUGGAGAAGCUGGCUGCAAAGGAGAAGAGGAGGAAAGAACUGGCUGAAAAUACUCAGAAGGAUUCUCAUACACUGUAUCUGGAGCAGGAGCUAGACAGUCUCAAAGUAGUGCUGGAUAUGAAAAACGAACAGCUCCACCAACAGGAGAAAAAGCUGAUGGAGAUCCGCAAACUGACAGAGAAAAACGUGAAGCUAGAUGAGAGUCUUAAAAAGGUCCAGCAGGAAAAUGAAGACCUGAAAGCUCGUAUGGAAAGACAUGCGGCUUUGUCGAGACGGCUGUCCACGGAGCAGGCCAUGCUGCAGGAGUCCCUUCACAAGGAGUCUACGGUGAACAAACGCUUGUCCAUGGAGAACGAGGAGCUGCUCUGGAAGCUUCAUAACGGAGACUUGACUAGCCCUCGUAGGCUGUCCCCCUCCUCCACCUCCAACUCUUUUAACUUCCAGUCCCCUCCCAGCUCUGGCCUCUUCUCCAGCCCUCCUCUCUCCCCCAGAUAACGAAGGGACUUUGCUUCUAGCAAGCAGAGCUUCAUGUUCAUUUGUCCCUCUGGAAGAAGAGCCGUGACCGUUCCCCGUUCAUUCAGCAACACGGCCUGAUCUUGAGGAUCUAAUAAACCUGGCGCUUUGUAUACAAAGAUCUAUGUACCGUUUUAAAAAAACAAAUUGCACAGAAGCACUUAUUGGAGAAGGCUACCUUGUUUUUUUUGCCAUCACCAUAUGAUACAAGGGGAAGGGGGGAAUCUCAGGACUUGUAUGUAUUUUGUUUGUAGAUGUCAACUGUUGUCUUUCCUGGAACUUGGCACAUGGACUCGCGUGCAGAUUUAGCUUUGCGGUGUGUUGAAGGGUUUUGUCUCUGGAGACCACAGCUCUGGAUGUCUGGCUUCAGUAAUAAGCAGGGUGGUUGGUUUUAGUUUUAUUUGUUUAAAUAUAAAUACCUGGAAUUUCACAAUUUGAGUUUCUGCCCCAUUUCUCACACGAGUAAGUGAUGGACUUUGCUUUGAUAUGCAGGCCUCCUCGCAGCACCCUUGGAUAUGUUGAAUUUCCUGACUGUUAUUGUAUUUAUAGGGGUUUUUUUUUAGCCAACAUGGGGAUAAUUUAGGGCCCUUAAUAUUUCUGUUCUCUUGUUUGUUUGACCAAAGGACCAAUCCGAGUCUUUGUUUGAAUCUUGUCAGUCACCACUUACCAAAGGCUCCAGAUGCAGCUUUAAAGUCAGGGUCUUUUCAGAGUUUACAAGAAGCAGCUUUGCUUGUACACGUCAGACACUGCAUCUUUGAAAUUAAGUGUUUUUGUGUGGAACUGAUAUUUCUGAUGGGUUGACCCUGUUUUUAAAUAUGCAAUAAUAAAGUCUUGUAUAAAACCUCA